AUGUCAGCCCGUCAACCCCUCUACCUACGCUGCGAAAUGAAGCCGGCCGAACACCGUGCCGCGCUCACCCCUUCCACUGCCAAAAAGCUCAUCGACGCUGGUUUCGACAUCACCGUCGAAUCUGACCCCCAACGUAUCUUUGACGACAAAGAAUACUCGGACGUCGGAUGCAAAAUCGCACCACACAACACCUUCCACUCUCUCCCCAAAGAAAUUCCUAUCAUCGGAUUGAAGGAGCUCGAGGAGCCCGGCCCGGAUCUUCCUCACACUCACAUCCAGUUUGCUCACUGUUACAAGAAGCAAGCUGGUUGGGUUGAUGUUUUGGCGCGUUUCAAGCGUGGUGGUGGAAAGUUGUACGAUUUGGAGUUUUUGGAGGAUAAGAAUGGACGUCGUGUAGCUGCUUUUGGCUGGCACGCUGGAUUCGCUGGUGCUGCGUUGGGUUUGCUUGCCCUUGCAGAGCAGGUUCAGGGUGCUGAUCGUCGAUUGGGACCUCAGAAAGCUUACCCCAAUGAGCAAGCUUUGAUCUCGCACGCAAAGGAGCAAAUCGAACACAUCAAGAAUUCUCGCUCGGACGGCAAAGUCAAAGCUCUCGUCGUCGGUGCUCUCGGUCGCUGCGGUCGUGGAGCGAUCGACUUUUUCGAAAAAGCCGGCGUAGCUUCCCAAGACAUUGUCCGAUGGGAUAUCCAGGAAACGUCCGCCAAACAUGGCCCAUACCAACAACUCCUCGACGUCGACAUCUUCGUCAACUGCAUCUACCUCACUUCCAAGAUCCCACCUUUCCUUGAUCAACCCACCAUCCAAGCUGCUGGUCUUCAACGUCGUCUCGGUGUCGUAGUCGACGUCUCCUGCGAUACUACCAAUCCUAACAACCCUCUGCCCAUCUACGACAUCAACACUACCUUUGACAAACCCACUGUGGACGUCGAGACGGGUAAAGGCAACCCAGCAUUGACCGUGAUCAGCAUCGACCAUCUGCCAACGCUGCUGCCUAGGGAAAGCUCCGAAGGUUUCAGCAACGAUUUGUUGCCCAGUCUGCUGCAGUUGAGGCAAGUGCUGGGUAAGGAUACCACUCAGAUGGGCGAGUUGGAGGAGGGUAAGGGUGCCGUUUGGCAGAGAGCGGAGAAGUUGUUCAAGAAGCAUCUUGCUGAGGCUGAGAAGCAGGGUGCUUAA